AUCUAAUAUGAGUUUUGUGUUUACUAGGAUAAAGUUUCCAAUUUACAACAAUUACAAUUAACGGAUAAAAUUUCAUCAUUUGAUUAACAAUAUCCAAUUAUUGUAAAUAACUAAUUACUUUUCUAUUGAAUAUCCAAUAACAUUAAAAAUCAUAAUCCUUCAUUGAUUGUUGAGCUUUUUUUAAUUUGCCUUUUAAUUGUUGUGUUAAGAUUAAAAUUGUCAAUCAAUCACAAUUUGUUCACCAUUUUUAUCGCCAAUUAAAAUUGUCGACGAGUUAAUCAUGUCGGUUAAAAGAUCGAAAUCUAAUCUUGGAUCAUCUAAUAAAGCGUUGGUACUAUUUACGGCCAAAGAUCUGCGACUGGAAAAUGUACCGUUACCAAACCCUCCGGGUCCCGGCGAGGUUCAAUUGAAAGGUGAAUAUUGUGGUAUUUGUGGUACUGAUGUUCACCUUUGGCAAGAAGGUAAACUUGGUACAUUUGAGGUCAAAAAUCCGUUAAUCUUGGGCCAUGAAGGGUCAGCAACGGUCAUUGCUGUCGGGGAAAAUGUCCACGGUUUGGUGAAAGGUGAUAAGGUCGCCAUUGAAAACGCUAUUCCUUGUUGUCAAUGUAAGUUUUGUCUUCGAGGUACUUACAAUUAUUGCGACGCUUGUAUGGUUCAGUGUAAGGGUUUACCACCCGCCGAUGGUUUGAUUCAACAAUAUUACAAUCACCCCGCUGCUUUUGUCCAUAAAGUACCAUCGACUUUAAGUCUCGAAGUCGCUGCUCUUGCUGAACCUUUGGCUGUUUCGGUUCAUGCUUGUAAUCGGGCUAAGGUCACUUUUGGACAGAAGAUACUGAUCUGUGGAGCGGGAACUAUGGGACUAUUGACAUUCUUAACUGCUAAAGCUUAUGGAGCUUCAAGAGUCGUAAUUCUAGACAUCAUGCAAAAUAAACUCGACCAGGCGACUGCUCUUGGUGUCGAUGGGACAAUUCUGAGUGUCAAAGGAAUGACCCCCAAUGAUUUGUCCGAAAAAGCGUUCGAAGCUCUUGGUUGCCGACCUGAUAUAACCAUGGAAUGUACUGGAACCGAGAUUUGUGUUCAUACAGCAAUCGAAGCAACUGAGGUCGGAGGUAAGAUCAUUCUAAUUGGAUUGAACCCGAAGAAAUUAGCGCCGAUGAGCAAAGCCUCGCUGAAGGAACUUGAUAUUCUUGGUGUUUGUCGCUAUCGAAACAGUUAUCCUCAAGCGAUUGAACUGUUAUCCACUAGAAAGGAGUUCGAAAUGUUCAUCACCCAUCGUUACAAACUCGACAAAUGUAUGGAGGCAUUUGAGGCCAUGAAGAAAGGGGAAGGAUUGAAAAUCUUGAUUAAAUGUCAUUAAAUCGAGUUGGAGAAAGUGAUCUUACUAUUAUGAUUGAGAUCUGAUUUACAAUUAGUUGUUAUUUAAUAUAAUUGAUCAAUGGUAAUAUUGUUGAUCUAGCAAAAGUUUUAUUCAUCAAUUAAUCCAAAAAUUAUUCCCACUUGUUGAUUGUAGUAGAAUUGAUGAUUUGUUGAGAUUGUGUUGAAAGUUGUGGUAACAAAAGAUGUCGUCACUUUUUACUUACAAAUUUAUGACAUUUAAUUUUAAAUCAUCGUUUGAUCACUACUUCACAUAUCACAAAAUAGAACAAUAAAAGUUAAAUUAGAAUCGUAA